AUGUCUGCACCGGUUAGAGACGCGCUAGAAUUUCCCGAGUCAGACAGAGUCUUUCUGGAGCCUCAAUUGCCACCACGAGAUGGCUCGACUCCCCGUCCUGAUAUGCCCUUUACAACUCUCACAUUCGCAACAUCACUCGAUUCUUCGCUUGCACUAUCCCCGGGAACACGCACCGCACUAUCAGGACCUCAGUCCAAAGCAAUGACUCAUUACCUGCGAUCUCGCCAUGAUGGUAUUCUCAUUGGCGUCGGUACGGCUCUGGCUGACGAUCCAGGCCUGAAUUGCCGCAUCGCCGGGGUUGGAGGGUACGGCGGCGAGGGUUUAGACUCUCAACCACGACCCAUUGUCAUUGACCCUUCAUUGAGAUGGGAUUGUUCUGACGAUAGCAAGUUGUUUCAACUUUGCAGGGAAGGCCGGGGUCGUGCGCCUUGGAUUGUGACCACCGUGCAUGAGCCACCCACCGAGAAGGAUGCCUUGCUCAAGAGAUACGGAGGUCAAUUCAUUUCGCUCGACAUUCCGACCUCAGAGUCUGGUAAUCACCAGAUUGACUGGAAUCAACUACUUGUCACUCUGCGCUCGAAUGGUCUUCGCAGUGUCAUGAUUGAAGGCGGUGGUCAUGUCAUCAACUCAUUAUUGGAACCGUCGUAUAUGGGUCUUAUUGAUAGAGUGAUUGUGACUAUUGCGCCAACUUGGCUCGGGCAAGGGGGUGUGGUAGUUUCUCCAGCGAGGCGAUUUGAUGGAGAAGGGAACCCGAUGUCUGCUGCGAGGUUGAAGAACGUUCAGUGGUACCCUUUUGGCGAAGACGUGGUUCUGUGUGGUCAAGUCAAUGUCUAG